AUGAAUACGGACUUCCGCAAACUCCUUUUUGACAUUUCUGAGGCUCUGGUCACAGAUGAACUGGCGGCUCUGAAGUUCCUCAGCCUUGAGCACAUACCCAUGAGGAAGCUGGAAGCCAUCCAGGAGCCCAAGGCCUUCUUUGAAGUGCUGCAGGAGAAAGACAUGAUCCAGGUGGGGAGCCUGUCCUUCCUGAAAGAGCUGCUCUACCGAAUCAAUCGUAUGGACCUCUUAGCUGCCCACCUGGGCUCCAGCCGAGAGGAGAUGGAGAGCGAGCUUCAGACCCCAGGCAGGGCAAAGGUGUCAGCCUACAGGCAACUGCUAUAUGAAAUUGCAGAGGACUUGACUCCAGAAGAUGUCAAGAGUGUGAAGUUCCUGCUCCAAAAACAAAUACCAAAGAACAAGCUCCAGGAUAAUGCU